AUGAGCCAGUCCAAUGUGCAUGAAGAGAUUGGUGAGACUGAAGAUCUCUUGGCUGCCGACGUACGGGCCCUGCUGAACAGAUUACAGACUGAUGAAAUCUCGCCCUACAAGCUCCAGCAGAUAUGGCAGACCCUUAAUUGGCUGUCCAAGAUCUUUGGGCUACUGAAGGUGGAUGAACACCAGCGCCUUGUCACCAAGAAGAAGGCCCUGGAGGAGGAACUUGCUCCCACGGUGAUCCGCCCUCAGAAGAAAGCUGCAAUCCCGUCGCGGGAAGUGAUCUGGGCCUUGGAGGAAGGAGCGGCGCUUGGGGGACCCCUGGUGCCCCUGGCCCAGAGACCCCGGCGCCUGCGGCCCCUGGUCGGCUGUAGUGCUCGAUUUGACGACCUGCAGCACGUUCGCCCCGAGGAACUCCGGACCACCUCCAACACCAUUGAGCUUCAGGCCUGGCAGACUAAGGUGGCCCGGGCAGCCAGAAUCCGCACAAAGCCAGUACCACUGAUCUGCCCGAAGUAUAGCUUUUCGGGGGCACCCUGGCACCUACAAUUCGUGUCCACGGUCCGGAAGCUCUCGAUGCUCAAGGCCUUUGAGGGCAUGGACUACCUCCUCCCCACGAUCAGCAAGGACUUUGCGGGACUGAUCCCGCGACUAUCAGGAGGGGAUCGGGCCCUGCGCUGGCUCAAGGACGCCCUUCGACGCCGGGGUGUGGCGCAGGAGCAUGUCACGCCCCUCACUUGGCACUCCUUUCGGGUUCCCCGCUCCGAACGGCAAUACCUGGGGAAUUGGAUGACCGAGUCCACAGCUGACGUAUAUACUAGGGAGAAGCGAAAUGUUGUCACGGCCAUCUGGACCAAGGUGGCCGACAAGGUGAACGCAAUCAAGAUGACACUGGGCAGAGAGCGCAGGGAGGACCUGAAUCACGGGGACUGGGAUGACCCAGUGACGGAGGUGGUGGACGCGGACGCGCGGUGGUUGAAGGUGAAGACAACGGCCUGGCCUCCCUACUCGCUCAGGCGAUUGGUUUGCCAAAGGAGGACGACCAGGUCGAUCAGGACUAUCCUUACCAGGUGA